GGUGCAUCGACGUGCCAACACAACCCAGCAAGCCUGCAGAUGAGCGAUCUCUACGACGCUGCCAAGCGCGGCGACCUUGAGGGCGUGCGCGCGCUUCUGGCUGAAGGCGUCGACCCGAACCGCCGCUUCAACGACGGCUACACGGCGCUGCACUGGGCAGCAUACGAGGGCCACGACAGGGUCAUCGAUCUCCUCCUCCGCCGUGGCGCCCGCGUCGACAUCACGAACGACUUUGGCAACACACCGCUGCAUUGGGCGGCGUGGGGUGGCCGCGUCCAAGCAGCGAUCUUGUUGCUGGACACAGGCGCCAACAUUGGCCGGCAAAACAACGACGGCGACACGCCACUGCACUUUGCAGCGCGGGAAGACCGAGCCGCAGUAGUGCGCCUUCUCCUGAAUCGCGAGGCCGAUGUGAACCUGCGCAACCACGCGGGGCACGCGGCGUACGCUCUGGCAUUCGAGAGAGGACACGCCAGUAUCCUUCGCCUCCUCGACCAGCACCCCGGGGACCCCUGCGCGCUCUACGACGCGGCCAAGAAGGGCCAGACGGACCGCGUCGGCGCGCUGCUCGGCAGCGGCGUGCACCCAGACGUGCGCAUGGAGGACAACAACACGCCACUGCACUGGGCCGCUUGGGAAGGCCACGAAGCCGUUGUGCGACUUCUUCUCGAGCAUGGCGCGACCGUCGACAGCGAAAACCGGUAUGGCAACACACCGCUGCAGUGGGCGUCGUGGGGCGGCCAAGAUCGUGCCGUGCAGCUCCUUGUCGAUGCCUACGCCAACAUCAACCACCCUGGCGACGGUGGGUGCACCGCCUUGCACCGUGCGGCUCACCACGACCGCCCGCGCGUGACCGAGCUGCUCCUGCAGUUCAACGCCGACAAGGACCGAAUGGACCACCACCACCGGACGGCCCGCAUGAUUGCACUUGCGAAUGGUUUUGCCAACGUCGUCGAGGUCCUCGAUAGCUACCCACGCGGCCGACGCGAUCCUGGUGGACGUUAACUGCCUACAUUUCGCUGCAGCCACAACGUUUGGAACGGUGUAGACCAGCAAUGUAUACUUGCACUAUAUUAUGAUCAUCGGUUGAGACACAAUGGGCCAAUCACAGAAGACUGGUUUGCAAUCUUCGG